AAGCAAAGGUGGACCUGCGAUGGGCUGAAAAAUUACAUGCGAUGAAACGCAAUAAAUUCAAACACGCGACACACUUCUCACCUACACCUUGACCUUUUCAGCAGUCAAAUUUUCGAUUCAAAAAUCAGAGUUGAUGUUCGUGUUACGAUCUGCAUCCGUGUGGCCCGAAAGGUCAUAAUGUUUCGGUCAGUGGUCACCAGCUCACAUGACUCACUCUAAUUGCAACAUCAGGAACUCUUUUGUCAAUCCAUGCAUGGUCCUCGUCGGUCCUCUCUCCUCUAGAUCAUAUACCAUUUACUUUACUGAUUUUCAGGCCAUUGCUGGGACACAUUCACAACUUCUUGCUCCUUCUGGUACAUCCUUGCCAUACCCCUUCAAGUAAACCUACCCGUAAAGGACUAGACAUCACGAUCACGACGCUGUCGUGCCUUCCACCAAACAAAGCAGGAGGCCACAAUCUAAAUCUAUUCCAUUGAAGAAAAACAGGGACCCUCUGCAGUUGACGGAAUCUUCACAGCUGCGCCUUAGCAAAGAUGCCGCCUGCUGCCUCAAUCUUUGAGACGGUGGAACUGGCUCCGCCAGAUCCCAUUUUGAACACUGCCGCGAUGUACAAGGCAGACACGCAUCCGCAGAAGGUACUUGCUUUCAAUCAUGUUGAUGUUAUAAGUAUGUUUUCGGUGGUCACGUUCGGUACUAGUACUAGAGUCGAGCUUUUCUUACGUGGUGUCUGUCCCAUUACAGCAGAUGCAGUGUGCUUCUUCUUGUUUCAUAUUGAGGAUUUCGAUUUUCAUUGUUUCGAUUCCGCAAACAAACAGGUAAAUCUCGGCAUCGGUGCGUACCGCACGGAGGAGGGCGUGCCAUGGGUGCUGCCUGUCGUCCGGAAAGCCGAAGGAGAGCUGCUCCAGGAGCUCGGAACGGAGAACGACAAGGAAUACGCUCCGAUUGAUGGCCUUCCCGGGAUGAAGAAGGCCACGCAAAACCUGAUCUUCGGCAAGUCGGACCCGCGCAUCGCCUCGACGCAGGCACUGUCGGGAACUGGGGCGUUGCGAAUCGUUGGGGAAUUUAUGGCCAGGUUCCUUGGCUACAAGAAGGUCUACUACAGCGACCCAACCUGGGGGAACCACCCAACGAUUUUCGAGAAAUCCGGCAUGGUAGUCGAAAAAUACCCAUAUUGGAACGCCGAGAAAAAAAGCAUCCGGGUGAAGGAGUGGUAUUGUUGAGUGGAGCUCUUCGUUGUUGACAACUCCCGUGCUGCUUUGAGCGUGCAUGCUUGAAAAUGAAACACGGAGAAGAUUUUCCACACAGUGUACUUAUGCGCUUCGAUGAUGAUCAUGAUUCUGAUUCAGAGCGUGUCAUCAAUGAUGAUCACAAAUAUUUCAGGAUCGCACACAUCAACGCGGCAGAGCCCGGCGCACUCUACAUCAUCCACCCCUGUGCACACAAUCCCACGGGGAUGGACCCAUCAUUGGACGAGUGGAAGCAGAUCAUGGAGGCGCUGAUAGCAAAGAAAUGCGUCUCCAUCCUGGAUUCCGCAUAUCAGGGCUACGCGACCGGGAGUUUGGAAACAGACAGAAAGGUAAAUAGAGAUAGACACCUUAGCCUUCAUGCGCAGGUGCCAUUCGGUUCUUGUUGAAGCAACGUUCUGAGUAGAGAGCUACAUGCGGACUCGUCCAAACCAUAUUUCAAAUCACCACCAGGUCAUUGAGAUGUUUCUGAACCACCCGGCCAACCUCGAGUUUUUCGUUUGCCAGAGCUUUGCCAAGAACCUUGGUCUUUACGGCGAGCGCAUUGGCAUGGUACACGCGGUCUGUUCGAGCGAGGAGCGAGCGAACGCUGUGCUGAGUCAGAUGAAGAUGGUCAUUCGGCCGAUGUACAGCUCGCCGCCCAUUCACGGAGCCCAGAUCGUCACGAAGAUUUUGAGCUCCGAGGCCCUGUACAAGCAGUGGUGCGCAGAGCUGAAGCUGAUGGCCGACAGGAUUUUGGAAGUCAGAACAGGCUUAAGAAAAGGAUUGGAGGAAAAAGGAACACCGGGAACGUGGAACCAUAUCACGGACCAAAUUGGCAUGUUCAGUUUCACAGGUAUAAUGUACCGACAGCACCAGAACAAAUUGAAAUCUGCGUUUCGAUACCGAAAAACCGACGACUGCGAAUUGUUUGCAUUGUGUACUAGUUUGUGACUGCAAUGGAAAUUGCAAAUAGAACACAUGAAGUUCAAAAAAAACAACUCUCCUCAGGUCUUAGUCCAGAAAUGUGCGAGAAGUUGAUUAAGGACCAUCACAUCUACCUGCUGAAGUCGGGCCGAAUUUCCCUCGCGGGACUGAAUCAGGCGAACCUGCAGUACGUCAUCGACAGCAUUGACCAGGUCGUCCGCUCGGAGUCGACGUAGAAUGUAAUUUUGCGAUAUUCCAUUGCGGGUGAUACAACAUAUGAACUUCAUCAAUUUUUCGCAAAUGAGUCCACUCAUGAUUCGCAUCACCCGGCCGCAAAUAAUCUGCUGUAAGCGUAUUGCACUCUGCUACAUGCACAGAAAUAAUAAAGCGCUAACGCACUAGAAUGACGUCAUGACUAUCGUCUCAUCUCUGUUUCAGGUCUGCGAAUCCCAAGGGAUGUGUCCCCUGCUUGCCUGGAAGCGGGAGGUCGAGCCGCAAGAGUAGUGGAGACGGUGCCGCCGCAAGAAUGUAAGUAAGAAGUUUUCACCUCCGGCGCAAUGAAGGCGACCAAGUAGAAGUAAGCAGUAGUCACCCUCCACUCUUCGUCUUCACCGCAGCCAAGGCGAAGUUUCUCCGUCACCAUGUUCGUGGUGUGGCUGGCGUGUGGUCUCACUUAUCACCUACAAGCAACAUCACCUGAUGCUAAUAAUUCCAAAUCCGGAAUUACCGACACCACGAUUCAUCAAUUUCCGCCUGAGAAAGAUCUUCUUGCGUGUAUCACCCGUAGUUCUUCAUAUCAAAAAACCGACAAGAUAGACAUAGACUUGCGGUUGAAGUCGAACAAUUUUUCAUACAGCAAUAAAAACGGCACAGCAAUACUGGUCACAAGAGGCAGGAAGGACCGCGCAUCAGACAAAGAAACUUGUUGUUCUAGUCCUUGGGCGCCGGCGGAUGUUGGACAGAGAAACAUACUCAAGUUACAACGCCUCAAGCGUAGUGAAGACGUGAUGCGGCCUGGCCGUGUCACUCGAUAGAGCAGCUGGCUCCUCCCACGUCCUACGAGGAGAGACGCGCGAUUCAUUUUUCGUGUCAUUGAUUGAGAGAAGGUGUUAUUCUCGGGAGCGACUAAUGUAAUUUUUCACCACGAGGAAAGACAACGCCGGGCGGUUACAUUUUUUCCAGGCAGACGAGGAGGCUGCUUUUUUCAGCAGCGUCGCGGGGACGGGUGUCCCCAUACCCUGGGUUCUCGGGGGUAGAGUGCGUCUCCUGUUUGAGCGUAAGUGAGGGCUUCGUAACGCUCUCCCGUGCUUUCAGGGGCCGGCUCCUCGC